CGAUAACCGAUAGUUUAACGUCGAAGAGCGAUAGGCCCCAAAAUAUGCGCGUGAAAAUAGAUUGUGCGCUAUAAAAUAAACGGAUUUAGGUAGUUGGUGUUGAGGAAGCCAGCCACAAACAUAGUAGAAAUUGUCGGAAAAGUGUCGCCCGCCGACAGCUUGUAUAAUUGCGUCGGAAGUCAACGCGCGUAUCGCUGGAAAACCGUUUGCAUCGAAAGCCCCUCCGGAAAGGCGUGAAAAGUUGGGCGCCUUUUGCGCUUGUCGCUUGGCGUUGUAAAAUUUAUCAGUUGCUCCGCGGUUGUUUUUAUUGUGAACUGUUAAACGUGCACUUCGAAGGACUGCCAUUUAAACUUAAGGACAUUCAAGAGCAAAAGGAAAACACCAAACAUGCCCAUUUGCAAGCGGGAAGGAUUCGACCUGAAUCAGAAGGAGGGCAAGAACGAAACAUUCCACGACAACGACCAGGUCUUCUGCUGCUACAUCACUAAGCGCAUUUUUCGCGACUAUGAACACUACUUCCGGCACGUGAUGGUGAUCAACUCAACGGUGUGGCAGUGCGAGGCCACCGGCAAGGAGAACCUCACCUACGAGGAGGCGGUCAAAAGUGAGCGGGCGGCUCGCAAGAAGAUGGAGCAGUUCAAACAGAGCCUUCGGGCACCCGUCCUUCUGGUUGUGGAGCACGCCCAACAGUCGGCGGUCAACACCUUGAACAUGAUAGUGGCCAAGUUUCUGCGCAAGCGCUACUUUAUCGGCGAGGAGGUGUCGGUGCAAGCUAAGAAGAACGCCACGUACACGGUGUUGGGUGUCAAGUUGGACAAAAAUAUGCCGGAACCACUCAAUGGUAUCUAUGAGGACACGGACAACCUGGUCUACAGACUACGACCAAACAAGGGCGAUCCCAGUGCAGAGCUUGAUCUGCCCUUUAGGCAAUUACGUCGCUCGCGCAUGGAGUUUAACCUGGAAAACCUGAGUAUGUUUAUAAAGAGCAAUGUAUCGCGGGUGGAUGGACUUCUUCGACCCAAGCCAGAGGCAUACAAGCAGUACGUGACGGACCCUGGCGUAAACUUCUCCACAAUUUUCAUUGGCAAAAUGCCACGUUAUUCUCCCGCUAAGAUUAAAAAACCUGACGGCAAGAAGCAAUCCACUCUCAACAAAUAUAUUGUCGCCGGUGAAGCAACGGCUGCAAAGUCAAAGGCGAAGGCCAAGUCUGAUGCUAAAUCUCUGGCAGAGGAAUUGGAGCGGGUUAAGCGAGAAAAAGAGGCCAAGCUUAUUGAGUUGGAAAAACAAAAGGCGGAAAAGAAGGCACAGUUGAUUGAACGCGUUGAAAACGAAUGUAAUUUACUGCUUCAAAAGACGGACGACCUGGAGAGAACCGACCAAAAAGUCCUGCCCCGCUACAGACAGAUCGUCACAUUGCUGCCUGAGCACCUCCUGGGUGAUGCCUUCAUGAUGCGCGAGUUUAUGCACACUUACACAGGAUUGCUGUCCGGCAUCGAGGUGUUCCGUCAGAACCUCAGUUUCUACGAGAUGACACGUGCACUGACUGCUCGUGAGAUUGCGGGCCCACUAUCGGACAUCCUCCUCGUUCUGCUUGGCACUGUUUUCGAUCUGCAAAAAGAAGAGGAGGAGGAAUGCGCAGUGACCUACCUCGAUCGGGCUGCACAAACUCAGGAGCCCUAUUGGAGUAUGGCGCAGGCCGCCAAAAGUCACCUUUACGCCAAGAGGCACUUUUCCUUUAAGGUAAAUGAACUACCAUUAGAUGCACUGACUCUCAGUGAAGUGCUACGACUGCAUCUACUUGGAUCCGGAGCUUUUGUAAAUGAAAAGGCGGAGCGCUGGAGAGUCAUGUACCGGAAUGGCUACUCGUCAAAAGAAGACCCUGGUCUGGAACUACGUCUGGAACACUCGCACAUCCUGCGCAUUCUCAAAAAUCAUUCCGUAUAUCAGCUAAAGUUUAAGGAUAUAAUGCUCCUGAUUCGCUGCCUGAUGUCCCAAAUUAUGACAUACUCGGGCACGAUUAACUUGAUUGAGGAGCGUAUGGAGCAAACAGCAAAGGCCAGGCAAGAUCUACGAGCUCUAGUUGUCGGGGAAAAUAAGAGAUUAGCCGCCGUAGAGAUAAACAGGAAAAAACUCACGCAAAUGCACCACCUGGAGGUAAAUGGCGUUGAGCCUGAAAAGAGGGAAGCGUUGGUCGAGAAAUUAAAGAAGAGUAUUGCCGAGCUACACGCCCAAUCGGAUCAGCAACAUCGCAAGCACGAGUUGCAGAUGCUUAAGUUGCAUUCGCAGCUUUUCAAUUUUUUGGUUUACUUGGGCAUGGAUAGGUGCUACAGGAAAUAUUACGUUUUGGAGUCUAUGCCUGGGAUCUUUGUCGAGCAUUCGCCGGACAGCCUUGACACUUGUUUGGAGCAACCAAUAACAAAUAAGUCCCAAAUAGAAAUUCGUCAGCAGUCUGCAUUGCCAAAGAAUCGCAAGGACCUAAGGGUAUAUCUACUCAAACUCUACGGAGACGACGAAAAGAAAACUAAGAAAAAGGCCAAGCACUCUCUAGAGAACAAGGAGAACCAAGAGCAUCGCCUUAACGGCAGUGCAGAACCCAUGGAUGUCGAAUCUGAUUCUCCAGAGGCUCCCACUCAUUUUGAGCUCUUGAUGUGCAGUGGUGACAAACGAUCUUGUAUUGUGCAUGAUUCAAGAAAUGGGCAACGGCAGCGUUGGGCAUAUAUUUACAAAGCCGAGGAGAUCGAUGAAUUAAUUAAGGCUCUCAAUCCCAAUGGUCUCCGUGAAUAUGAACUCCUUCAAGAGCUAUCCGUUCUGCGUUCCUUAAUCGAACAGCAUGCUAAGACCUGCCCAGUAGACUUGCUAAGUCUAGAAAACGAAACAAUGCGCAAGAAGUUUAUGGCGGCGAUGGAAUCUGAAACUAACCGUAAAUACGGAGAAGCAAACUUUGGGUUACCGAAUGGGACCGAUCUAAACGAAGUGAUGCGCUUGCAUUUAGUGGAUCGAAUUAUUCAAUUUGAAAAUGAUAUUUACACUGGUGAUCUCGGCCGCCUGAAAGUUAAGGAUAUGGAAAAGUGGCGAAGUGACUUGCUUGGAGGCAAUUACGACGCUCAGUGCAAGUUGCAGUGGGGCCCGGGUGGCAAGUUGGAAGAUGAAGCUGGUUCUGACAACGAAUCCCACGAAACUCACGAGGAGGACGAUGGCGCACUAUUAGGUAAAUAUGCCAGGAAACCAUAUCGCGAUCCUGGCAUGUAUUUGGCAGCUUCUGCAGACACAAAACCCCUACCAGACAGCGACGAUGAGGAGGAUCAGCAUACGAAUGCCGUCUCGAUUCCUAUCGCCGUGCAUAACAUGGCCUCGGCCCUUCUGCAAGUGGAGCAGGCUAUUGGAAAACGGUUUCUGAAGGAACCCUACGGCAUGAAGAAGUGGGACCCCAAGCAGGAGGCUUUAAAACUUGCCUGCGACUCGCGUUUGCACCAGUGGGAAGUUUCGCUAAUGGAAAGUACAAGCUUUGCUCAAGUCUUUCUGCACCUAAACAUCUUGCACGACUGUAUUCAGUGGAGGCGUUCCACCAAUAAGUCAUUAUGCAAGGUCUGCAGGCGUGGCAGCGAUCCGGAGAAGAUGCUGCUGUGCGAUGAAUGCAACGCUGGCACUCACAUGUUCUGCCUGAAGCCUAAGCUGAGGUCUGUACCCCCGGGCAACUGGUAUUGCAAUGAUUGCGUAAAGAGUCUGGGUCUCAGCAAUGGUCAAAACGAAAAGGAUAAAAAGCAGGCGACAAAGAAGAAACGCAAGUUUAUCGUAGAAGAGGAGGAUGAUGAAGCUACAGACGAAGAAGAGGAAGAGAAAAAGGAUGACGAUAUGACCGAUGAGGAUGCGGAGCACGAGAACGAAAAACACGAUGAGGACGUUGAGGACGACGAAAGUGUGACCUCUACCCCCUCAUCUUCCAGAGUCAAUGGGCGAAUUUUAAGGCGACCCCGCACACGGCCAACAAGCAGAAGACUUACUUCGAAAGAGAUCGAAGAACAUGCUCAGGAAGACGUUGACAGCGGAGACGUCAGCGAUGACGCAUCCUUAACCGCCGGUGAAGAUACGAUCGAAGACGAGUCAGAUGAGGAAAAGGUGUGUCAGAAGUGUUUCUACGAUGGCGGUGAAAUCAAAUGUGUGCAAUGCAGGCUAUUCUUUCACCUGGAAUGUGUUCACCUCAAGCGACCGCCUCGCACAGAUUUCGUUUGUAAAACCUGCAAGCCGAUGCCACAACGACCUAGGCGCCGGCACAGUAACAUGAAUGGUGAUCAUGACCGCGAUGAGGAGGAGCCAAAAGCAAAGCGACCACGUAACUCUUUGCGCCUAUCUAUCGACAAGACCGCCCGCCCAAGCAACGGCAACAACAACAACAAUAAUAACAACAGCAGCGUCAAUAACAACAACCAUCGCAGAAGCGGGCGUCGGACGAACGAGCACAUGCCGUUGAACAGUGCCGCCUUGUACGAUCUGCUUGAGCAGAUCAUGAAGCACAAGGCCGCUUGGCCGUUUCUGCGACCAGUGCUGACAUCGGAGGUUCCCGACUACCAUCAGAUCAUCAAAACGCCCAUGGAUCUAGCUAAAAUCAAAUCCAAGCUAAACAUGGGCGCCUACCAGCUAAACGAGGAGCUGCUCAGCGACAUUCAGUUGGUGUUUAGAAACUGCGAUUUGUACAACGUAGAAGGCAACGAAAUAUACGACGCUGGUUGUCAACUAGAACGAUUCGUGAUCGAUCGAUGUAGGGACAUGCAGCUACCGUUUAGGCCUAGCGAUAUGAACGGGGAAGUCAAAGCUUGCUGAGCCGGACGCUGAUCUCCACCAGCUAUCGUGUAAAUUAGUUAGUCUACUCUAAGCCGUAGUUGAAAACCAUAUAUAUUUAAGCACAAAUAUUAAGUGUAUUUAAAGAUCUUUAUUUUCGUGCAUGUCAGUUCUAAGUUCAGCACACGCAUAUGCAAAAAAUCCUUAUCUGUUGGUUUAUGAGACUUUAUGUAUUUAUAAAUUAUUGUAGACACUACGAAAAUUCCACAAUCAAUAAAUGAAGUGACCGGAAACAAACGAUUC